AUAUAUAAAUAUCUGGGGGAUUUUCACCCUUUAUCGUUAUCUCAGACGUUAGUUAGUUGUUUAAGAUUUUUUAAAAUAUGAAUUAUAUACAUUUUUGCAUGCAAAGAGUGCGAAUAACAGACCAAACCAAAGCACAACCCUAAACAGGCCUGGAUGUCAUCCUGGGAUUUUCCUGUUGUGAAUGAACCGAAGGGAAGCUCACGAACGGCGGUCAGAGCGCCUUACAACACGAGGGGCAGAUUAGCUUCUGUGCGGUAGUCAAAGUGAUAAUGGCAGGAGUGUGUGGUUGUUGCUGUGGGGCUUUCAGGCCCCGCUACAAGAGGCUUGUCGACAACAUAUUUCCUGAAGAUCCAGAGGACGGGUUGGUGAAGGCCAACAUGGAGAAGCUGACGUUCUACGCUCUGUCUGCUCCAGAGAAGCUGGACCGAAUAGGAGCCUAUCUGUCUGAGAGACUGUGCCGUGAUGUGGCCAGACACAGAUACGGUUACGUGUGUAUAGCGAUGGAGGCUCUGGAUCAGCUCCUGAUGGCGUGCCACUGUCAGAGUAUCAACCUGUUUGUGGAGAGUUUCUUAAAGAUGGUGCGCAAACUGCUGGAGGCCGACAAGCCCAACCUGCAGAUACUGGGAACCAACUCGUUUGUCAAGUUCGCCAACAUCGAAGAGGACACGCCGUCGUACCAUCGCAGUUAUGACUUCUUUGUGUCCCGCUUUAGUGAGAUGUGCCACUCCAACUUUGAGGACCCGGAUAUUCGCACCAGAAUCCGCAUGGCCGGUAUUAAAGGACUGCAGGGAGUGGUGAGGAAGACGGUCAACGAUGAGCUGCAGGCCAACAUCUGGGAUCCGCAGCACAUGGACAAGAUCGUACCGUCGCUUCUGUUUAACCUACAGUCUGGAGAAGGCACGGAGAGUCGUUCUCCCUCUCCGCUGCAGGCCACUGAGAAAGAGAAGGAAGGUCCGGCCGAGCUGACAGAGCGCUGUUUCCGGGAGCUGCUAGGCCGCGCCGCCUACGGCAACAUCAAGAACGCAGUCACUCCUGUCCUCAUGCAUCUCGAUAAUCAUUCUCUGUGGGAAGGAAAAACAUUCGCAGUGCGCUGCUUUAAGAUCAUCAUGUACUCUAUUCAGUCUCAGCACUCUCACCUGGUCAUCCAGCAGCUCCUGGGCCACCUGGACGCUAACAGUAAGACCUCGGCUACGGUGCGUGCCGGGAUCGUGGAGGUUCUCCUGGAGGCAGCUGCUAUAGCAGCCAGCGGAUCUGUAGGCCCCACUGUGCUGGAGGUGUUUAACACUCUCCUCAGGCAUCUGAAGCUCAGCGUGGACUACGAGCUCAGCGGAUUUUACGACGCAACCACAACAGGCAGCAAAACCGUUAACGAGCACGAAGAGAGACAGCUCCAAGAAGCUGUCAUAAAAACAAUAGGUUCCUUUGCCAGCACUCUGCCUACAUACCAGCGCUCCGAGGUGAUGCUCUUCAUCAUGGGGAAGAUCCCAAUUCCUGGAAUGCAGCUUACACUGCCACCCACAGGCUCUGGGCCUGAGGGUGACCGGAUGAUCCAGGUCAAGUUGCUGAAGUCUUUAAGACAGGUGACGUGUGGCUUCCAGAGCACGAACAUGCUGACGGCUUUGCCCAGCUCCUUCCUGGACCCACUCCUGUCCUUUGCGCUGCUGGAGGAUGCGCACAUCCGCCUGCUCGUCCUCGAAAUCCUCGUCAGCCUCAUCGAUCGCCAUGGCAACCUUCCUAAGCUCUCCUCCAUAAGAAUCAUUGCAGACAUUUCUGUGCUUAAACUCAGGAUGGAGAAGUGUUCCCGUCAGGAUAACCUGUUCAUGAAGAAGCAUGCCCAGCAGCUCUACAGACACAUCUACCUAUCGUGUAAGGAGCAGAGCAGCGCACAGCCGCACUUUGAGAUGCUUUACUCUCUCCUCUCUCUGAUCAGCAUGGAGCUUGCUAACGAGGAGGUGGUGGUGGAUCUCAUUCGCCUCGCUCUGGCCCUGCAGGACUUGGCUUUAGUCAGUGAGGAGAUGUUGCCGGUGUAUAACCGCUGUGCUGUUCACGCUCUCACCGCUGCCUACCUCAACCUCAUCUGCCAGCUCACCACCCUGCCCACCUUCUGCCAGCACGUCCACGAGGUGAUCGAGAUGAGACAGAAGGAAGCCUUGUUUCUUUUGCCAGAAGAUGUGUUUAUUGGAAGUCCAAAGCUUCCAGAGACACUGGAAAAGCCAGCAGGAGAACUUCUGUUCCAGCAGUCCAAGAUUGCCGAGGUGCUGGGAGGAAGCGGCUACAACACCGAGAGACUCGCCACACCUUACAUCCCUCAGUUCACGGAUGAAGACAGGCUGUCGAAGAGAAAAAGUAUCGGAGAAACAAUCUCUCUUCAGGUGGAGGUCGAGUCCAGAAACAGUCCAGAGAAAGAGGAGAGAACACCAGCUGAGGAAAUCACAUUUGAAGCACUGAAGAAUGCCAUUGUGGACAGUGUCGGGAUGGAGGAGCAGGAGCGAGAGAGGAGGAGACAGGUGGUGGAGAAGUUUCAGAAAGCACCGUUUGAGGAGAUCGCCGCACACUGUGGAGCCAGAGCCACAAUGCUGCAGAGUAAACUCAGUCAGAUCUUCGAAAUCACAAUCAGGCCUCCUCCCAGUCCCUCAGGCACCAUCACGGCGAGCUACGGCCAAACCCAGACCCGCUCCGUCCCCAUCUACGAGAUGAAGUUCCCCGACCUGUGCGAACCUCCAGCGUGUUGUAUUUGCACUGUGACUGACGUCGACACGACCACAUCAUGAAGAGAAAAGCCUACAGGGUGCCAUUACUUUUACAACACAGCCUCUGCUCGGAUCCGGUCACGUCGUCCUCCGCGUUUAACGUUCGUCUCGUGUCUCUGAAUUCACCCAGGAUCUAUUUUUUAAAGCGGAAGUGCAUGCGCUGUCGUCCUCUAACGCCAGCUUCCGUUUAGGUUUAGUGUUUUAACUAGUAGUGCUGGUUUAACUCGCUGUUAACUAACGUAGUUAUUAGAAAACGGCUUCGUCCCGGUUUCGUUCAAUCAACCGUUUUUAACACGUAUGUCCUUAUUGGUGCUAUUUUUCUUUUAUAAUUUGAUAGUUUACUGACAUUCACAUUAGAAAACUCAGACACUUUACUAAUCGUCACCAGAUUUUUAAAAAAAAAAAUUUCGUUUUAUGGAGAUUGAGAGAAAUGAUCGAAAUACUAAAGGUUUCUGGGUUUCUGCAGUUUAGCACUUUGCAUUAUCGAGCUACAGACAUGCUCGAGCGUAUCGCCGUAUUUUUUGCCGUAUACAGGACUUAAAAAUAAAUAGUAAUGAUAAUAAUUGCACUGGAUAAAAUUACCAUGAACUGCAUUAAUGUUCUGUGAAUGUAAAUUUUACAGUUUUUAUUUAGCUGCUUAUUUUAAAGCAUCCGUAAGCAACUUUCUUUACAUUUAGUCAUAGCAUAUGACUGCAUAAUACGUAACUAACGAUCUCAAAUGUACAUGCGGAUACAAACAGAAAUCUUAGUUUUAGACUACACUGGCUUUCUAACGCCGAGCUCGAGGGAAUUACAGGUGACAAACUAACCAGCAUGACAUUUUACUACCAGGAAGAGAAUUUACAAGAAGAACGACGCUUUACGAACCGCCGCAACCACCAGAGGACACAAUAUCCAGAUAAAACACAGUUACAGCUGAAUGUGUCCAGGAUGUGUCGUCAGAGUCACCACUGCACGUUUGAACUAUUUUUUUCAGAUCACGUUUGUUCAGAGGUUUUUGUUUUCGUUUAUUUUUUUAUUUUAGCACGUCAUCUGUCACUGACUGUUUUCUUUAAGUUCUGUUGAGGUAUAACCUUGAUCACUCCCAGAUAAAACGUGUCAUUUUAUCGCACGUACGAUCGCGUGAGUGUUUUAUUGGCAUGUCGAUGUGACCACACUGUUGUCUGGUCAACACGUCCCUGUUAUAGAUGUCUCACCGUCCUGUGUGUCACGUUUUCUGUGUCUGUUUUAAAGAACUUUUAAAUUAAACAAAAAAAAAGUUCUGACAUUUUUUUAAAUUGUUUUUUUUUUUUUUUUUUUUUUUUUAAGUGUUGUGUUUUGUUGUGGCUCAAAACUCAAAAUUUAAACAUUUUAAUACAAAAGAACUGCUUAGACUGCACACAAUUACAAAACAAUUCUGUUUAAUAUUCUGUAAUUGUGUGUUUUGGAUUUGAAUUUUUGAGUAAAUUUGGUUGAUAUUGGACUCGAGUGAAAUGCUUUAAUUGGUCAGUGUUAGUUGUGCUAAGCUAGAAUUUGAGCUCAGGUUAAAAUUCUGUUUCAACACAAAACGAUUCAAAAACGCAUUCAAAUCGUCGUUGCGGUUUGUGUACAGUACAACAUUCCUGAAUCUGAGUGUUCAAGUAAGGAAGGAGGAGUGUGGCAUUAUGAACGAUAUGAAUUAAAAUCGUAAAGUUUUUUAGCAUCAAAUUGAAAUCUUAUUUAGUUUUAAUCAGGUCUAGAAAAUUCUAUUUCUGAAACAAAUUCAAUCCCAGAUUCAAAAUGUUAAAAACACAACGUCACUGACCCAUUGUGUGAAAUUGUCAUAAAUGAACAAGCGAAUUUGGCAUGAACUUUCUACAUCUUUUUAGAAAAAGUAAUAAAAUAUACCACCAUAGAGUACAUUAUUAAUUUAAUACAAUUCAGAUAGAGGACACCAACUACAAAUAAAUUAGUAAUUAGUUUUAAAUAAUUAGGACUGGGUUUAAAAAUUAAUCAGAAUUUUUCUGCCUUAAUAAUUUCUAAUAAGUGAACUGUACAAUUUAAAUUUCCAUGAAAAUUCAGAUUUACAAAAUUUCACAUCCAAAUUCUCAACAAAUACUCCACAGCGGUCGGUGUAGUAGAAGAGUUUAUAGAGAUUGGAUUCAGAAAUUAGAAAAAUUUGAACACUUUAAGUGAAAACGAUUGACAUUGUUUAUUUAUUUAUUUUUAACAGGUUCAAUUCAAUUUUGAUUAAUGAUCAUUUGUCAAUUUGCAGGUAAAAGCCAGGAUAAAAAAACAAUGAAUUUUUUUCAUGACAAUAAAACAAUGAAAAUAGGAGUUCUGUGUAAUUUUUUUUGUCUGCUUUUGCUGCCUUUUUAGAAAUUGAUUCUAAUUGAAAUAUUAAUAUUUUACAUUCAAAUUUCAAAAAUUAUUUGAGAUUUAUUUUUUUGGCAUAUAAACAAAAUUUCUAAUGUCAUGAUUCAAGCUUCGGCUCAAGCUUCAACUUUAUUCAACUCAAGUUAAAAUAAACUGCAUUCAGUGAAACUUUUAAUCUUUUAAUCAAUUAUUAUUGUUAUUAUUAUUGUUGUUAUUAUUAUUAUUAUAACACGUGUUCUUUUCUAUUUCUGUUUAUAAUUGUUCAAAUUGUAACCAUUUCCUUGAAGGCUCUAGGAGGUUCAGUUAUAAAUCUGAGGUGUGUGUGUGUGUGUGAGAGAGAUGAGAGAGAGAAUCGGUGUGACACUGAGGCCGAUCAGCGUGGGAGAGACGUGUUGUGUGUUCUGUUUUUGUGGUGUAAAUGUUCCCGAUGGUGAAUGAAGCUGGUGUCUGUGUCCCGUCUCUGGACUUGUACAUCUGUAGACUUUGUUUUUAUCUGUCAGUGCAGCACCUGCUCAAUAAAACAUGUUCAGUGAUGCGUGAA